AAUAAUGUGGAAGAACAUGUCAAUCUUUUUUUAUACAAUUGCGGUCAGUCACUGUUCCAGACGAUCCUAGCGAGUGUCGGUGACUUAGUUUCGGGGGCAGCAGCGGUGUGUCUCAGUGCUGGAGUCAGUGAGCUGCUGGUGCAUGUGUUAGCAGCACGCCCUGAUGCCUGACAGAUAUCAGAGAUAUCAGAGAUAGAUACCAUCGGCCCUGCAGGCGAGCACUCGGAUAGAUAUCUCUUUCUCUUACGCUACCGGAGACAGGCUGACCAAUGCGACACAAACAACUCCAGAUAUACCCCCAGGAUAUUUCCGACGCGUUUGCAGAGGAACUUUCAUUUGUUCCCCGGAGUCUUUUCUUUCUGUCGUCAAUAAGUUGACCUGUAAUUCCCGCCGGUCUACCGGCCCGGGCUGGGUGCAGACAGAAGACAACACGGUCUGGUUGUAGCGGUCAUAUCAAACCCACUGGCUGGUGAUCAUGAGCAUCAAAACGCGCUGCUGGAUUUUCCACACGUUUCUCUGUUUGGGAAUAGUGUAUUUGAAAAUAGGGGUUUUCUCGUCCGUGGUGGCAUUAGGCGCGAGUGUCAUCUGUAACAAGAUCCCGGGUUUAGCUCCCCGACAGCGGACGAUCUGUCAGAGCCGACCGGACGCCAUCAUAGUGAUCGGAGAAGGAGCCCAGAUGGGCAUCAAUGAGUGCCAGUUUCAGUUUAAAAACGGACGGUGGAACUGUUCUGCCCUGGGAGAGAGGACCGUCUUUGGAAAAGAGCUGAAAGUGGGUAGUAAGGAGGCAGCGUUUACCUAUGCCAUCAUCGCCGCAGGUGUGGCCCAUGCCAUCACAGCAGCGUGUACCCAGGGGAACCUGUCCGACUGCGGCUGUGAUAAGGACAAGCAGGGGACCUACAGCCAGGACGAGGGCUGGAAGUGGGGAGGCUGCUCGGCCGACGUGAGCUAUGGCCUGGGGUUCUCUAAGGUCUUCGUAGACGCGAGAGAGAUCAAAAAGAACGCCAGGACCUUAAUGAACCUCCACAACAACGAGGUGGGACGCAAGAUCCUGGAGAAGAGUAUGCGUUUGGAGUGUAACUGUCAUGGAGUGUCAGGAUCCUGCACCACUAGGACGUGUUGGACCACGCUGCCUAUGUUCCGCCAGCUGGGGUACACGCUGAGGGACAAGUACAACCAGGCCGUGCACGUAGAACCGGUACGCGCCACGCGACACAAACGACCCACCUUCCUGAAGGUCAAGAAGGUCCACUCCUACAGGAAACCCAUGGACACAGACUUGGUGUACGUAGAGAGGAGCCCUAACUACUGCGAGGCCGACCUGGUCACGGGCAGCAUGGGUACCCACGGGAGGGCAUGCAACAAGACUAAUGGCUGUGACCUGAUGUGUUGUGGACGAGGUUACGACACUCACCAGUACUCUAGAGUCUGGCAAUGCAACUGCAACUUUCUCUGGUGCUGCUAUGUGAAGUGUAAUACCUGCAGAGAGAGGACAGAGGUAUACACCUGUAAAUAAGAGUUAUAUGUGGGUUACAGUAUCUUAUCAUUUAGGGGGUGGAGACUUCACUAGUCUCCUUAGUAUCUUAUAAUUUAGGGGUGGAGACUUCACUAGUCUCUUUAGUAUCUUAUCAUUUAGGGGUGGAGACUUCACUAGUCUCCUUAGUAUCUUAUCAUUUAUGGGGUGGAGACUUCACUAGUCUCCUUAGUAUCUUAUCAUUUAGGGGGGGUGGAGACUUCACUAGUCUCUUUAGUAUCUUAUCAUUUAGGGGGGGUGGAGACUUCACUAGUCUCUUUAGUAUCUUAUCAUUUAGGGGGGUGGAGACUUCACUAGUCUCUUUAGUAUCUCAU